AUGAGAGCAGAGCAACCGAAACGAGGUGAGCUGCAGAUCUUUCUGUUCGCAAAAACCAGGAAGGUUCACCGCUUCCGAGCACCACGUGCGCCAUGUUUGUCAGGAUGCGUGGAGAUCGUGGACGAGACCAAGAACAUCAGGAAGAUGACCCUUGUCGAAUGGUCCGCCACGCCCUUUGAAGAGACUUGCGCCGACAAUGUGCGCAAAGUCGAGGUGGAAAUGUUGGGCUGUUGUGGUCUUUCCCGUGGAUGGAACGGCCGGAGCUGCACCUCGGGGCCCUUCUUGACAAGAGACGAAAAGGAGGAUUGGCAAGAGCAAUGCUGUAGCGAGUUCAAGGUGCUGCGAAACAGCAGAGAAUUCAUGUGUAACUCGGUCCUGAGCCACAGGCAGGUCGACUUGGUCUCCAAGUUUGUCACCAAAGCCAAGCAAGGCGACGUGGGUGGUGCUUACACGGGGCAGGACGCCCGGCUUCUUUGGGCACAACCAGGCCUCAAAAAGUUCGAGGAAGAGCUGAAGAAAUUGAAGCAAAAGCCCCAAGAGAACCAGCCAGUGACCUCGGACUUCCUGGAAAAACACCCCAAUGUCUACAAGGAAGGGCUUCGGAAGGGCUGGUUCCGGAAAGAGGUCAAUAUGACCAACCCUGAUGUCAACAAACCCAAACGAGUUGGCACACCUGAUGAGUGCCUCACAGUGGAUUUUGGCAACGAGGACUUCGACCGGAAGAAGUUGAAUGAGUUCGACCACUUCACAGACUUCCGUGAUCCUGGCCGGGGAAAAUUCCAGAGGAAGGCACCAGCAGAUAUCUCAAUGGGUGAAGCUGAAGGUGUGGAGGUCUUGCCAGACCUGGGCACGUCCUUCCAGGCCAGACGCAAAAAGAAUUUCAAGGAGAUUGGCAACGCGUUCCAAGUCAAGGGAGAGAUGGCGAAUGAAGUUCCUGGGCUGAAAUUUGUGAGGUCGUGGAACGUGUCUCUAACACAACAGCUCGGGCACCUUGCCCACAGGUGCGUUUUCCAUAGACUUCCACCCGUCUUCCACGAGACGGCAAAGUACUGGGCUUGUUGCCCUGACAAGAAGACGCUUGUUUGUGCAGACUUGCGGGCAGAGAAUGCUCCCAAACGCCUGGAUGAUGACGUUCCGGUGGAUCCGUUGGUGCAGAUGAGUUUGACCGUGCCUGGGGCCGUCUUGGCGCCAAGCUUGGGGCUGGGAGCCGAGAGUGUGAAGUACAUCGUCCGAACUGAAGUUCUUUAUCCCAAAGAUUGCGCUGUCUCGGUUUGGACAAAAGUGGACGAAGAUGCUGUUGCUGCCCGUGAAGGUUUAGUCCAUGAAUCCUUUGAUGCGCGAAUGCAACAGAACGACAAACUGCAUUUGGCACUGGAACAUGACAUGCGCAACAUCAAUGCAGCGGAAGCAGCAACAGAUGAGGCACGCCGCCCUCGGCCAAUCGCAUUCCCUUCUUUCACGCGACAACUUCACUUUGUUCAAUUCUUGGAAGCCGUUGAUGCCUUGACUACGGCGCGACGUCAGCUGCAACUUGCUUUGGGCCAGCAAGCAUCUGCGCAAAAGCAAGUGGACAUGGCCUUGGAGGACUUGCGAAAGGCCAAACAAAAAGGAGAUGAGCAGAAGGUGGAAAAGGCAAAGAAGGAGCUGGAAAAGGCGGAGGAGAAGGUGGAAAAGGCGGAGGAGAAGGUGGAAAAGGCGGAGGAGAAGGUGAAGGAGGCGCAGAAGGAGGUGAAAGAGGCGGAGGCGAAGGUGGAAACGGCGGAGGAGAAGGUGAAGGAGGCGCAGAAGGAGGUGAAAGCCCAGCAGGAGAAGGUGCCAGGCUUCCAGUCUCUCACUGAGCUUCUUGGAAGGCUGCUUUUUCCCGAUGCCGUGCCGCUGAAUGACAGAAAUGCCACGUAUUCUUCAGCUUCUUCAUGCAUUGUCGACUUGGACAGGGGUCCGUUCAACGGAAUGCUGGCCCUGCAAAACAGUAGGUCACAGGCACAGCUUCUAGAUCGUGAACUGGAGGUGCAACUUAUCGUGAAGACGUUGCUGGAAAGGUCAAACAAAUUGUUUGGCAAACGUUCGUCAGACAAGGCCAACUCCCCAGCCAUCCUAGUGGCACAGGCACCUGGAGCAGGCAAGAGCCAUUUCCUGGCCAUGCUCGGAGAGGAGAUUCCCAUGCUGCACGACCUGGAUGGUAGAAACCAGACACCGAUCAUCUCAGCUUUCACCUACAACUCCAGAAUGACCGAAGAUGACUUGGCAGAGAAUCUGAAGACUGACUUGGCGCUGCGGGUUCUUUAUGGUGCAGCAAGGCACAUGAGCAGGACAAAGUGCGAGUGGAGUGACUUCGUAGAAACAUGGAAGUCUCGCAAGAAGCCUGAGAUUGCCAUCAGAUUGGCUGUGAAAAUCCUGCGCAAAUGGUACGGUGACCGUCCCGUUGUGAUCCUGGCUGAUGAGGUGGGAAAGUCGAAGGACGAAGCUUUGGUACGCCAGGAGCUUUGCAGAGCCAUGGACUCUUGGGGAGGCCAAGUCUUUGUGGUCAUGUCUUCUCUCUGCAACUACGCAGCAGCUAAGGAGAUGUUCAGGGGCAGCCAGCGAGAGGUGUACAUUCACACUUUAACAGUGCUGGGUACUGAAGCCUACGACCUUUUUUCUGCCAAGCUCAAUGAACUGCAGCAGAAUCAGGCAAAAGGUAUCAAGAGGGACAUCUUGGAGUACCGAAUUUCUCUUGCCUGGGGAGCUACUGGCGGCUACGCACGGGCCAUUGAGAAGAUGGCGAUAUACAUCAGCGACUUUGCCCAAGGUCUUGAAGCUGGAGUUGUCUCCAGGGCCACAACACACCUUGCAGAAGUUAAUAACUUGCCCCCAAUGUUUUCCACGGGCAAUCUUGAAUCUUUACUAGAGAUAUGGGAACGAGAAGAUCCUUCUUUUCUGUCUCAGAUGACAAUUGUGAAUCUGAUGCCUGAAGCCACCUACAAAGGGAAUGUCCUAAUAGACUCGCUUACGCAGGGGAGGAUGCAAGUCUUGUGCCUCCCAACUGUUGCUCCGUGGCAUGCAGCCCGCUUCUUCACGCAGAUGCAAACUCACAAGAACCUGCCACCGAGAUGUGCCAAACUCAUGGGUUUGGCCGGCAGGGCAUAUAAAAACAAACUCGAUGCCAUUGAGAGCAGCAACGUCCAGACCAUGAAACAAGCCAGCUCGUACUUCACUGAAAUUGUGGCGGCUUUUGCUGCCAUGUUUGCGAUCGUGAGGAAGUACAAGAAGCUGCCAUCGGUUCUGACACAGGGUACUGCAAGCAGCAUUUGCGACAUCGGCCUUGAUGAUUCGCUCUUGCAGGAUGAAGAACUUGCUACGAAAAGCAAGGAGGAUGCAGAUGAGAAGUUAGUGUCAUUUUUGGAAAAAGCCGUGGAACUAAGCCAACAGAAGGGCAAAGAGCAACACUUGCUGGUGAUCAUGGCUCCGCCCAACUGCAAGGCAGUUGAUUUUGUCAUCUUCUGCCAAGAUCAUAACAGUUUUGUGGCUGUUCAGGUGAAAUCCAACACACUGACUGAGGCCAAAGCCCAGAAUGAACAAAAGGCAGCCUUGCUGCAAGCAGCGGAGGAGAUCCGCUCUGCCAGUGACUCCUUGCAGCUUGUGGCCUUCCUUGCUAUAGUCGGCUCCAACUAUGCAGAAACCGAGGAUUUGAAGGCUGACACGCACUUUUUUUGCUUGCAGCAAGAGGACCUCGUUGCCCUCAUCCCACCCUUUCUGCGACAACUCUCGGGUCUCGCUGCAGGGGUUCAAAGCGUGGAAGGUGAGGAUGUGUGA